AAGCAGGCUUCCGCUCUGUCCAGGUGGCCGAGGGGCAGCGGGUCGUGCGGGUUCUUGAAGUAGCAGAGGCAGCAGCGGUGCGCGUCCAACACGAACCGACGGCUGCGGUAGCCACGCAGUCGCGCUGGUUCCCGCGCGGUACCCGCCCCGGGCUCUGCAGCCUCGCCCUCGCCGUCGCUGCCCUCCUCUGCCCGGGCUCCGGCCCCGGUAUGGCUGCCUGUGCGCCAACCGUUUGUGCCCCGGCCCCCGCGCCUUCGCGCUGCGGCUGCUGCGCUCCCUGCCCCCGCGGCGCCCCCUCCCCGCCGCCCCGCUCCUCCCUCAGGCGCUCAAAGUGGCCUGGAACUUGUAGUACCCCCCGCGCCCCCCUCCAAGCCCCGUUGGCAGUUGUCUUCGCCCGCUGGCCGUUGCCCCCGCCCGCUGGCCGUUGCCCCCGCCCGCUGGCCGUUGCCCCCGCCCGCUGGCCGUUGCCCCCCGCGGCGCCCCGGAAGCCAGGUCCCGCCUCCCGCACCUGCCAAGUCCCCGCCCUGCCGGAGUCUCGCUCUGUCGGCCAGCCUGGAGUGUAGUGGAGCCAUCUCGGCUCACUGCAACCUCCGCCUCCCGGGUUCAAGCAAUUCUGCCGCCUCAGCCUCCCGAGUACUUGGGAUUACAGGCGCCCGCCACCUCGCCCGGCUACUUUUUGUUAUUUUAAUAGAGACAGGGUUUCGCCGUCUUGGUCAGGCUGGUCUCAGGCUCCUGACCUCAAGUGAUCUGCUUGCCUUGGUCUCCUAAAGUGCUGGGAUUACAGGCGUGAGCCACCGCGUCAGGCCCAAAAGCCUUUUUUGGUUGAGAAAGUCUCACUCAGCUUCGUCCUGAAGAGCAAGUGGGCUGGGGAAGAGGAGAGUAUGAAUGUGAGUCCAAAAGCAAGGCAGUCGAUAGAUCUUCUUGCUGCGUAUGGUUUUGCACUUUUUUCUUCAAAGAAUGUCACCGUCUGAAGAAUGCUAUUGGAAGACACACACACACACACACACACAUCACGCAGCCUGUUCUCUACAGGAUUAGAAAAAACUUGCGCGAAUCAAUCUGCGCAGUUAAAAACAAAUACGAAAUGAGCGAGAAAGCACAUAGCAGUCAAAUCUCGCCACCGCAUAAACAGGUUAAGUUUGGAAGCACAGCCCCUAACAUUCAGUGCUGCUUAGCAUCUCCGACUUCCGGCGUCCCCCGUUGCUAGGGUGACCAGAAGCGCGUCCUAACGCUCCGCCCAACAAACCAUAGAGUACCGGAAAAAGCUCGAGCAGAGGGGUCAGACAGGGAAAACAACGGAGGCUGCGGUGUGGUUGGUGGUGAGAUGACGACCUUAGUGCUGGAUAACGGAGCUUACAACGCCAAAAUCGGUUACAGUCAUGAAAAUGUGUCGGUUAUUCCUAAUUGUCAGUUCCGGUCAAAAACAGCACGUCUUAAAACUUUUACUGCCAACCAGAUAGAUGAAAUAAAAGACCCUUCUGGACUCUUUUACAUCCUUCCUUUUCAAAAGGGCUACUUGGUGAAUUGGGAUGUUCAAAGACAAGUUUGGGAUUACCUUUUUGGAAAAGAAAUGUAUCAGGUUGAUUUUUUAGAUACUAAUAUUAUUAUCACUGAACCAUACUUUAACUUCACUUCAAUUCAAGAAUCAAUGAAUGAAAUUCUAUUUGAAGAAUACCAGUUUCAAGCAGUAUUAAGAGUAAAUGCUGGGGCUCUCAGUGCACAUAGGUAUUUCCGAGAUAAUCCUUCUGAAUUAUGCUGUAUCAUUGUUGACAGUGGAUAUUCCUUUACACAUAUAGUUCCUUAUUGUAGAAGUAAAAAGAAAAAAGAAGCAAUUAUUCGGAUAAAUGUGGGAGGAAAACUCUUAACCAAUCAUCUAAAGGAGAUCAUAUCUUACAGGCAGCUACAUGUUAUGGAUGAAACACAUGUGAUUAAUCAAGUGAAAGAAGAUGUAUGCUAUGUGUCUCAGGAUUUUUAUAGAGACAUGGAUAUUGCAAAGUUGAAAGGAGAAGAAAAUACAGUAAUGAUAGACUAUGUCUUGCCUGACUUCAGUACAAUUAAAAAGGGCUUUUGUAAGCCAAGGGAAGAGAUGGUGUUGAGUGGAAAAUACAAAUCUGGGGAACAAAUUCUUCGUUUGGCCAAUGAGAGAUUUGCUGUUCCAGAAAUACUCUUUAAUCCUUCUGAUAUAGGCAUUCAAGAAAUGGGAAUUCCAGAAGCUAUUGUCUAUUCAAUUCAAAAUCUACCUGAAGAAAUGCAGCCGCAUUUUUUUAAGAACAUUGUCUUGACAGGAGGAAAUUCCCUUUUCCCAGGAUUUAGGGAUCGGGUUUACUCAGAAGUUCGAUGUCUUACUCCAACAGAUUAUGAUGUUUCUGUUGUGCUGCCUGAAAACCCUAUUACUUAUGCCUGGGAAGGUGGAAAAUUGAUAUCAGAGAAUGAUGAUUUCGAAGAUAUGGUGGUAACAAGAGAAGAUUAUGAAGAAAAUGGACAUAGCGUCUGUGAAGAGAAAUUUGAUAUUUAAGCAACAUUUUUGAAUGAAAGUUGUGACUGUAAGGUUUAAUUUCAAAGUUCCUUUUAAAAGAGGUUAAGGAACUGUGUUACCUUUCGUCCUAAGAAAAAGGCUUGAAUUUAUGUAAAUACUUUGAUCGAUUGCUAAUUUUCAAAGGCUUCUUAGGUAGGUUAUUACAGUAAACUGUAACUCAGUCCGCAUUUUCAUUUAGGAGCUAGACUACCGUAACAAUGCUUAUGCUGUUUCCAAGGGUAGGUUAUUUUUCAUUAAAAGAAGAACGAAUGCAUUUUAAGUUUAAUUCUUCAUAGCUGAAAGCACAAACUUAAUGGCUUCACUGGACAGUUUUCCUUAGAAGGUAGUUUUGUGUGACUGUGACUGAAGUAUUUUAUUUAAAAAUUGUCAUUCUUAUUUAUACAUUCUAAAGUUGGAAAGACUGAUCUUAUAUGUGUAUAAUGUUUAUUAUAUGUGUAUAUAAUUUACACAUAUAAAUUAUAUGUGUAAAGUAUAUAGAAUACAUUUAAAAGGGUGGAGACUAAGCUAAUAAAGUUUUUUUGGUCACUA